AAUAUCUUGAAUUUUCAAUUCUAGAAAAACAUUUCUCGAUUUUCCUCGCGCUGUCUCUCUCCUCAGAAUAAAACCCUAAUUCCAGUAUCCGUGUCCUCUCGUUCUCUCUUUCCUCCUUCGAAUCUAUCUUCACAGUCUCUCUCCUCUGUAAAUCCAUGGCGACCUUUGAAAAUGGCGGAGCAGGCGGCAAAUUUCGCAAGAAGCCAUUUCGUAAAACCCAAGCUACGCCGUACGAUAGGCCAACUACUGCUUUACGACCUACUCAGCUUGUCGGUGGUCAGAGAGAGAAUGAUAAUGGCUGGUUAUCGAAGCUUGUGGAUCCAGCUUCUCGUCUCAUCACGGCUGGUGCUCAUAAGCUUUUCUCUUCUGUUUUUCGCAAACGCCUUCUUCCACCACCUGCCCCUCCUCGUUCUCCUGCGCCUGAUGAGACAACGGAGAUUGGGAUCAUGCAGCCAGAAAUUACUUCAUUGGUUGCUCCUUCUGGCUCCAAGGAAGCAGUUGUCAGCAAAGGAAGCAUUCCGAGCAUAGUAUCUGACCGUGUCGGGGUAGCUGAGUUGGAAGAUAUCUUGAAGCAGAAGACCUUUACCAGAUCCGAGAUAGAUCACCUAACUACGCUGUUGCUGUCGAGAACUUCUGAUAGUUCUGUUGAAGUUGAGAAGGGAAAGGAGAACCCCAAUUUUUCGGACAAUAAGGCUGUUCGUAAUAGACAUGAAGUUUCUGAUAAUCUCCCUACUCUUGUAAACAUAGCUGAGCGUGCCGCAAUUUCAACUCCUGUUGGGAGAUCAAAGGUGGUUGAAGAUGUUUCUUCCCCAGCUGAGCUUGCUAAAGCAUACAUGGGUUGCAGGCCCACAAAAGCCCACCCUUCAGCAUCAGUAGUGAAAAAUGAAAUGCUGAGCGAGGACCUUUCUGCUUAUAAUUCUUUCUUACGACCGAAAUUACAAUCCAUGUCUGUUAUUCAGAAGCCUGCCAGUGAAAUUAGAGCAUCUUCUAAUGGUUUUAUGACUCCUCGUUUUCGUGGAAGAUCAGCAAUAUACAGCAUGGCUCGUACACCAUAUUCCAGGCCUCAGCCAACAGAAGUAUUAAAGGCUGCUGAAACUGAUUUUAAUAUCCAUGGUGCAUCACCAUCAUCUCAUAAUGCCACAGAGAUUCAACAGUUUAGUGCACCCCAUAGACAGGUUCUGAAGCGCAGGAGUUCAGUCCUGGAAAAUGACAUUGGGUCUGUUGGUCCCAUUCGCAGGAUUCGUCAAAAACCUAAUCUUCUGCCCCAUAAAACUUUGUCUCGGCCACCUGCUGGAGUUGCGCAUGUAAAGCAUGAAUCCGAGUGUCCUACAGAUUUUUCUAAAGUGCCACCUUCCAUUGAAUGGAGUUCUAACCCCCAUUCUUCAUCAAAAGCACUUCCAGAUACUGACAUGCCUAGUACAAGCAAUGGAUAUGUUCCGUCACAGUCUAUUGAGAUGGCUGAAAAAAUCUUUCAACAACUUGACAAAUUUACUUCAAAAGGAAAGUCUCCUGAAAAGAAAUUUGACGUGGGAGGGAGUUCAAUUGGGAAAAAAACUUUAGAAAUUCGUGAUGGAUCUCCUCGUAAGAACAUGAAUACUGUAGACUCAUUGAAGAUCCUGCAGACUAAAGAUAUUAGGAAGGAAAAUGUUUCGUUAGACUCUCAUAGUAAUGCUCUUAAUCACUCACCUAAGACAUCACAGAAGGCAGAAGAAGGUAAGUUAAAAAAGAUUUCCUUUGUUGAAGAUGCUGCAGAAGCUGAAACUCCGAGCAAGUCUUUGGAUAAUGUGAAUGCACAGUCAAGCUUUAGCCAUCAGCAAAAGAAACGGGCAUUUCAAAUGAGUGCGCAUGAGGAUUUUCUGGAUCUGGAUGAUGAUGUGCUUGCAAAUGGUGUUUCAUCAAGUCCAAUAGUGGAAAGCGAUCAACUGGUUAAAAGCCCCAUCUCUGAUAAUGCUCCUGAAAGCGCUAGAAACUCAGUGGGUAAGACUCCAUCUCCAGAAGAAAAUCCAUUGACGAACAUGUUCGGCACAAACAAAGAAGGGUCGUUACCAGAUGGGCGUAUCCCUGUUUCUCCGUCAGGUUCAUCUGCUGCUAACACAAUUGCACAAUCAGCCGUGAGUUCUCCUAUGUCACCAUCUGCUGUGGAUAGAACUGCUUCACAGAGUGAAAAAAGUAACGAGAUCACUGCAUUUUGCUCAAACUCUGACAAGGUGGUUCCAUUUUCAUUUUCUUCAUCCCCCAAUGUUCAAUCUGCAGCCGUGAAAGACAUGAAAAUGGAGUUGCCAAGCAGUGCAUCCAAUGCCAUAGUCAAAUCAGAUGACCGUGAUACCACUGACAAGAAGAGGGCCUUUCUAUUUGCGGAUGAGACUAAGAAAAUGGGUUCCCCUUCGUCUACAUUGAGCUCAGCUAAAGGCUUAUUUCCCUCUGGAGUACUGUCUAAUGGGGCAGCUGUAAGCAAUGGAUCACCCAUUUCUGCACCAGUAACAAUGGGUGUGUCAUCUCCCACUGAAAUAUCAAGCAUUUCAAUAGCUCAGAGUCUUGCUCCUGUAUCAGUGUCAUCAGCAUCGUUUCCCUUUACUAGUGGCAAUGCUUUAUCUAGCUCUAAUGCUGCCGGAACUGUAACCAGCAUUUCUGCAAAUAACUUGUCUACCUCUGGCAGCAGCAGUAGUCACUUAACUACCUCAAUAACAACUGCACCGUUUUUGUUUGGAAACAGUUUUCAAACGGGAUCUUCAGCACCUUCAUCUACCUCAUCAACAGUGGUGACUACAUCUUUGGAGUCUGCUGCGAAAUCUGAUGCUAAAUCUAAUGAGACCGGAUUUGCCAAUGUGACUAGUAGUCUCUUCACUGCUCAACCUUCUGGAACUGCCAGUUUAAGCAAUGAUAAUUCUGUAUUUGGUAUAUCUGCCUUCAAAACCACCAGUAGUGAAACUCAAACUGCUGCUUCAUCUGUUAAGAAUACCUUUGGUGUUCAAGCACCAUCUUCUGGUAUUUCAGUCUCAACAAUGAUAUCGAGCUUCUCUAGUCAGUCCGCGUCAUCUACCUCAUCUCCUGUGUUUGGGUUGAGUGGACCAGCUAGUUUCAGUGCUACUGUAUCUACAUUUUCUAAUCCAUUCACUUCGGGUUCUUCAUCAGCAUCAAGUGUUUCGAGUUCCUCCUCUGCAGUGAGUGCACCUGUUAGUUCUGGCAAUAAUACACCCUCUGGCGUAUUUGGUUGGCCAUCUCCUAAUCCUGCUGCUCCUUUUGGCACAACAUCACAAUCUAGUGGGUUUUCAUUUGGAUUAAAACCCUCCGAGUCAUCUACAGCUAGUAAAAGCACCCCAAUUGUGUUUGGAGCUACCUCUAGCUCUUCAACAGCAAGUAACAGUGCUCCAUUUGUUUUCGGAACUAGCUCACCAGCGGCUUCUAUUUUCCCAGCCCCUUCGGCGAUGUCCACGCCUGGUGCACCCAGUACCGCCUUUCCGUCUCAGCCAACAUUUGGUAGCUCUACUCCACAACCAUUUGCUUUUGGUUCAACUCCUGUUGGAAAUAAUGAUCAAAUGAGCAUGGAAGAUAGCAUGGCUGAGGAUUCUGUCCAAGUUUCGACGCCUGCAGCUCCAGUUUUUGGUGCACCUAUAUCUGCCCCCAUUUCCGCGCCAUCAAGUGGCUUUGUGUUUGGUGGAGCAGCACCAACCCCAGGAAAUCCGUUUCAAUUUGGUGGGCAGCAGAGUCAAGUUGGUUCCCAGACCACCACACCAUUUCAGCUCACUGGUAGUCUAGAAACUAAUGCUGGUGGUGCUGGGAGUUUUUCACUAGGAAGUGGUGGUGCUGAUAAUAAAUCAAAUCGUAGAAUCGUGAGAGUAAAAAAGGGAAUUCGGAGAAAGUGAAUUUAUUUGUUGGAAAGACCUGGUUUCGCUUGGGUGUACACGCUAAUGACCAGAUCUCUGGAAAGCUCGAAAACAGGCGUUUUUCAUUUCAAAAGUUGCGAUUUUGGUGAUAAAUUACCAUUUACAAGGCCUAGAUUCACAAUUUUGAAUUUCUUUGUAGAUGGUAAAGAUUUGUAUUUGUAAUAAUUUUAGUAGUUGAAGUUUUAGAAUCAUGUCUUCUGUACUAUUUGUGUACUAAAAAGUAUUCUUACAAGUUUUUGGAAAACACUAGAGUGAA